AGCUUCGCCGCUCUUGAACGCAUCAUCCGCGAAAGGAAUUCUGGGAACGACAAGAUGGCGCGACGUUCAAAAGCUCCUCCGACUGGCCGAAUUCAUUACAAAAUAAACUGUAAAUAACAAAGUAGAGUUUUGUGUUAACGGCAAAACGUCCGCGGGUCGUCAGGUCCCCGCCGGAAGCCAUGAGCCGGGGACACAGGAAGCUGGACCCUCCGUCUGGUCUGACGGGCUCAUCGAGACCAAACCGACUGAGCAGGAGCUUCAGACGGACUCAACAGACGCAGACGGCGGCCAAGGUCGACUCUCCAAAGAGCCAACAGUCAGAUUUCAAGACUCCAACCAGAAUCCCGAGAUCCAGAGCAGGCGGCGGGUUCAGCGGAGAGUCUCCACACAACGACUCGGACCUCCAGCAGGACAUCAUCUGGGACGCCACCUCUCCUUCACCCAGCGGACACGGUAAAAGAGGAAAGAAACAGCGCAGCGCUGGAGCCGUGGACAUCUCGGAGAUCGUCAGCCGCAUCGCUCCAAAGCACGGCAGGCCGGAGGCCGCAGAGCCCACCUUACAGCAGUGGAUCGGAGACAGCGCCGCCAUCCCCUGCACGCCAGACCUUCAAGUUCCCAAACCCAAGAAGAAGUCACCGAGGCUGAACGGAGUGGACGACUUGCUGAAACUGGCCAGACGGUUUGACUUCAACUUGUUUCAUCAGGAUGAAGAAGAAGAGGAGGAAGCGGAGGAGCCGAACCAGCAGAGUCUGGAGCUGCUGUCGCAGGACAUCUUUGAUUUGGACAGCGAUGGUCAGGACGAAUGUCCAGCGGCUGGGACGGACGUGAGGCUCCAGCAGGAUCAGCACAUGCAGGACGAUUUGGACUUCCUGUUCGAUGGACCAACUCAACACAUCGGUGUGAAUUUAAGUCAGCUGUGGUCACAAGUGAAACCUGCUUCCUGCACGUCCUCCAAAGAGGCUCCAGGGAAACCGUCUGCUUCCACACGCGUUUCCACCACGAACACCGACGGCACUCAGACAUACGAUGAGUUCGAGGACGACUGGGAAAACGAUGACUUGAUAAAUGACUCUUUGGUGUUGGAGAUGACGCAAAAUCCACAGAGGUUCAGUGUUCCGAAGCACUGCUCCACCCAGAAACCAUCCAGUGAGACCAGAAGGGAAAGUCCCGGAGAAGUUCCUGUCAGUGGAUCAGCUGCUUCUCACCACGUGAAACAAAGGACGACUUUCAAACUGGAGUCGAAUCCUAAUUUCUCCGUCGGAAGAAUCCAGACGAACUCGAAGGUGGAUAACGGCUCAGAAAUGCUGGAUAAAGACUCUCAAAAGGACCAGCUUUCUUCUGCCGAAGCAGUUUGGGUCAAAGCGGGAUGUCGGAGUACCUGGCAACCGUCAGACACGAUGAAGUCAGACCCACAGUUUAAUCAAAGGACGUCUGAAGGUUCAAACGCCAAAUACGACGCGCCUGCUUCUACGGCUCAAAGCUUUUCAUCCCGCCGCGAGCCGCCUGCUGUCCCCGACCUCCUGGACGAGGACCUGGACUCUUUCUUCUCGUCUGACCCGGUUUGGGACGACCCCGCGGACGACGACCUGCUGUGUGAAGUGUGUGAAGACCUGGAGAACCAGAUCCAGAGAGCCGAACAGACACUUCCCGAAGGUCACGCGUCAAACCAGAAAGCAGCUCUGCGACCAGCCAAUCAGCAGCCUUUUCUCCAGACCCCAGCAGCUCCUUCCUGUGCUUCAGGCAGAGCAGCUGGCAGCUCAUUGGCCGGCGGGUUUGUCUCGAACGUCGCUGCAGGUGUGCAGAUGAACUCGGCCUCUUUCAGAGCCGCGCCGGCUGAAAACACUUCAGGAUCCACAAACGGGUCAGAACGUGUGUGGGGGCGCCGCCUGAUCCACGCAGCACCGCGGGGGAGCACCAGCAAAGACCAGUUCACCUUCAAGAAGCCAAACCACCCAGUCUCUACAGGGACCAGAGUUGUGGCUAAAUGUUCAGCAGCGGAGAUCGAGAUGAAGAAGCAGCAGGCGAUGGAGCGACGCCGACUCCGACUUCAGGCCGCCCAGAACCUGCGAGCUCCCACCUGAGAGACGAACCUGAAGAGACGGACGACCUCACCGGCGUGAAGACCAAACGUUCAGAGCGAAGCCGUUUGUUCUGAUCUCACUACAAACGUCUGAUGCAAAUCAGCGCUUCCUGUACAAAAGGCUCCUGUGAAAUCAGACUGAAAUGUCGUGUCUCUGUUUGACUUUCUGUUGGGUUUUGUGUUUUUAUCGUUCAACAUUUUAGCAUUAGAAAAAGGCCUGUGAUUAGCCUAGCUUAGCCUAGCUUAGCAUACGGAGUGGACACAGGGAGCAAACAGCUGGCCUGACUCUCCACCAACACCUCUGAAGCUCGCGAUCAACGUGCUGCUUCUGCACGACUUUUGUGCGGCGUCCGCUGCCAGGUGGCCUCACUGUGACGACUAAACAUCAUUUGGUCAAAUCGUUUUAUUUGUCGUGUUCGCAUCAGGUUUGAUUUGACUCCUAACACGCCAAAAUAAAAGCGCGCAGUGGACAAGAACACGAGUCAGAAACAAACUUAACAAGUUAAAUUUCAGUUUUCUUUGUCUCUGAAACUGAUAAAGAGCUGAUGAUCAAGUCCAGACCAAGUUGUUUGGUGUCAGUGUGGGACUGUUCCUUUAACGGCAGAGGAUGAGGUGAUUGAUCAGUGAUUGAUCAGUGAUUGAUCAGUGUUUGAUCGGUGGAGGUCGGACGGCUCAGCUUUGGCUUUGUGAUUUAUAUUCAAAGGCAUCACAUGUUUUUUUGUCAGGACCAGUAAAUAUUAAUAUAACUUAAGUAAAUAAUCUGACAGCUUCCUCUUGCCUGCAGUCUUUAUGCUAAGCUACGCUAACCCGUACGUACCCGAUCGUGAACACGAGUCACUUUUCUCACCCGACUUUUCUCUUGUUUUUCACUUUAUUUUCUGUAAAGCACUUUAACUGAUUUCAAAGUGUUCAAUCAAUAAAGUUUUUGCUGUUUAUCAU